UAUCGAUUGCGAUAUAAAAGCAUAAUAUAAGUCAUGGUUAGGCAGUUAUCGAAAAAUAUUAUAAAGCGUAACACAAAUUUAAUUUAAAUUUUUGAAAAUGAGUAGCAAUAAUAUCAAAAAUAUAUAUCUUUGUCUAUACCUUUUCGUGAUAGUAAUUAAAGCAAGUCGCUUAAAUAUUAUUAAAGUGGACGAACAAGCAAUAUGUAAAAUUAAAAUGUCAUGCCUAGAGUGUCUUCGAUUGGCUCAUUGUUCCUGGUGUUCAACGGAAAAUAGAUGUUUCUCAGAAAAAUUGCCACAAUAUGAAAAAUAUUGCGAAACAGACAAAAUUCGUCAUCCAAACUAUGAAAUGAGUUUAGAAGAUAAUGCUAUUUGUGCCUGUGCUGGUGGUCAAUUGGAAAACAAUUGUCGCCGCCCGGGUGUAGCAGGGCUGGAAUGUUCAGGUCGUGGAUCAUGUAUAUGUGGGAGAUGUUUUUGUGAUGUUAAUCCUGAUCCUGCUCAUCCGAGCAAGGCAAUCAUGGGAGAAUAUUGUGAGUACGAUAAUUUUUCAUGCGAUGAUCCGAAAUGCAACGAAGGACCCUAUAAUAUUUACGAUAUGAUGGCCAACGAACGAAAUAACUAUGAAGAAAUUGAGAAACAGUAGAUAAUAAUGAGAAAAUGUAUUCAUAUGCACAUAGUAUUUUUGUAUAAGCAUAUUAUAUUAAUCGUAAUUACCCAUUUUUAAUCUAAAAUAAACUAUUUUA